AGCGAGCCCUGGGCGGGGUCUUGAAAGGGGCGGCUCCGCAGAGUGAACUUAGACUAGUCCCCUCGCCUCUCUGGGCCUCAGUUUCCCCUUCCAGGGGUAGUGGAGAGGUGAGAGAUUCGCGUCUUCCGGAACGCACGCCCUCCCCGGCCCACACCUCCGUCACUGGUGAACUCCUGUGUUGCCUUUACAGCCCUCCCUCUCAGGAAGCCCGCCCAGACCCCCGAACGAAGCAGUCACUCUCCCUCUGCCAUGCCCCCUGAGCACACCGAUCGGACCUCCAUUAGAGCGCAUCCCAAGCCUUUUCGGACCCUCUGUCAACAAGUCAGGCUCGCCCUAUUAGCCUCUAAACCCUAAUCGGACAUUUCAGAGUCAGCCCAGAGUGAGUUCACGUGCCUUGCUAAUUAAUAAGGCAGAGGCUAAGUACCUGGGGACUCUGGACAGAAGCGCACUGAGGUUUCAUUCCUGUAGGACAUCUGAAGAGGACUUACCCCUCUGUGCCUUAAUUUCCCUCCUCUUUAAAAUGGAGCUACUAGUUAAUCUUUCAGGAGUCCCUGGGUGGUGCAAGGAGCCCUGGUGCCAUAAUGGUUAGUGUUUGGCUGAUAACCAAAAGGUCAGCAGUUCAAAUCCACCAGCCACUCAUUGGAAACCCUAUGGGACAGUUCUCUGUCCUAUGGGAUCGCUAUGAGUCAAAAUCAACUCAAUGGCAAUGGGUUUUUUGGUUGGGUGCUGCAAACAGUUAAGUGCUUGACUACUGGCUGAAAAGUUGGUGGUUUGAACCCACCCAGCAGCUCUGCAUAAGACAGGUGUGGCGACUUGCUUCCAAAAGGUCACAGCCUUGAAAACCCGAUAGAGUACAGUUCUGUUCUGCACGCAUUGGUCACCAUGAGUCAGAAUUGGCUCCGUGGCAGCUAACACCAGUUCUUUCUUCAUAGGGUGGUGAUGGUGGUAGUUGUUGGUUGCCGUCGAGCUGAUUCCAACUCACAGUGACUCCAUGUGACAGAGUAGAACUGUCCCAUAGGGUUUCCUAGGCUGUAAUCUUUACAGGAGCAGAUGCCUAGGUCUUUUCUCUUGUGGAGUGGCUGAUUGGUUUAAACCACCAACCUUUCUGUUAACAGCUGAGCGCUUAAACAUUGCACCACCAGGACUCCUUUCACAGGGUGGAGUGAGGACUAAAUGAAUGUGUGUCUAGCAUUUAGCUCAAUGCUCAGCACACCAUAAUUGCCCAAUAAAUGCUUAUUGUUAGCUUACUGGUGCUUGCAUACAUGACCCCUUCACUGUCACUGCCAGCCCCAAGAACGUGCCUCUUGUCACUGAGGCCAAGUAGCCACCCACUCGGACCCACAACCUGAGUUCCUUUUGAGAUGUUCAAAUUGGCCAGCCUGCAGGCAGGCUCCCGCCUGGAUAGGCCAGGAAAGGAAGGCCAGAGAAGGGAGCAGCAUUGUGGGCAUAUGGCAGAAUAUCAGGGUAAGGGGGGGAAAGGCGACUGCCCAGUUGUGGCAAUACAUUAGGCCCCCGAAACGGUUUUGCUUAUCAGAAGAAUGGGCCUGAGAAUGCCUUGGCCAAUCUGGGUCUGACUGUGUGUGUUUGUUACUUCUGUGCCAAACACCCAGUGUUUAGGGUCAGAAGUCACAGAAACUUGUGGUGAAGGGGGAGAUUUCUGAGCUGUGGGUUCCUGAGUUCAAGCCCUAAGGCUAUUGGCCAUUUGCAUACUGGGUGAUUUUGGGUAAGGACGUCAUCACCUCUCUGAGGUCACCUCAGUUUCCUCAUCUGGAGAGUGGAAUGAUGUUGGAGACUGGGGGAGAUAGAUUGUGUGAGGUGUCUAGCGCUUAGCACAGGGCCUGGCACACACAGUAAGUGCUCAGCGUGCAGACUAGCAGUGGCAUUACUUUCACGGAGUCACAGGGUCCUGGAGGCAGCACCAGUUCUUCCAGGCUAUAUUCACUCCUUGCCUCGCCCCACCUGCGAUCCGCCACCCGUCUCUCCGGUGAAUCAAGAAGCAUAGAUGUGCCUCCUUUGCCGUGACACCAGAAGAACUAGAUGGUGCCCAGCUACCCUUACUGAACAUUUUGAUGAAAGAUUUUAUAAAAGAAUUCUGAUCAAAAGGGAGAAAAUGCAGAACAGAAUUUCAAAUUCUCAUGGACUCUAGACUUUCUGGAGUCAUGGAGGCUGGAUGAACCUCCAAAACUACUGCCCUAAGAUAAUUUUUAAACCUUAAACCAAAAAUACCCCCUGAAGUCUUCUUAAAACCACACAAUAGCUUAACUAGUAAAAUACGGUCACUAUGAGUUGGAAUUGACUCGGUGGCACUGGGUUUUGUUUUUUUGGUAACUAGUAAAAUAUGCCUGCCUUGAGCAUGAUGCCCUUUUAAGAACUAUCUAUUUGGGAUCAGACUGACAACAGCAACUCAAAAGAUUAGAUAGGAAACUUAGGGGGACAGUGAGUAUGUUAACGGAGGAGGAACAACUCAGAAAAGGAGAGUGAGAAUAGUUGCACAACUCAAAGAAUGUAAUCAGUGUCACUGAAAUGUACAUGUAGAAACUGUUGAAUUGGUAUAUGUUUUGCUGUGUAGAUUCUCAACAACAAAAAAAAAAACCACACAGAUGUCUCCAAGGCCAUCUCUCCAGCUGAAGUCAGAACGUGUCCUGAACAUGUCUCUUUUCCUGCCUUAUUUCCAACAACUCUUGGUUUGCCUUCCAGAUCCUGCUCUGCCUCAGCUGAUGGUGUACCUGUGCACGGGGCCCACCCCUGAGUCCAGAUGACGCUCGUGCCAGUGGCUUCCGUGAUGGCGGUGACCGAACCAAAAUGGGUCUCGGUCUGGGGCCGCUUCCUGUGGGUGGCGCUGCUAAGCAUGGUACUGGGGUCCCUGCUGGCCCUGCUGCUGCCGCUGGGGGCCAUGGAGGAGCAGUGUUUGGCUGUGCUGAAAGGCUUCUACCUGCUCCGGAGCAAACUGGACAGGGUACAGCAUGCUGUCACCAAGUGCACAAACCCAACCACAGAGCUCAGUGUCACCUCCAGGGACACGGGGCUGCUGGUAGUCAAGACCAAGGCCUCUCCAGCCAGUAAGCUGGAAGCCCGAGCAGCUCUGAACCAAGCCCUGGAAAUGAAGCGCCUGGGCAAGCGGGGCAAAGCCCAUAAGCUCUUCCUGCACGCUCUCAGAAUGGACCCAGACUUCGUGGAUGCACUCAACGAACUCGGCAUCUUCUCGGAAGAAGACAAGGACAUCAUCCAGGCAGAUUACUUAUACACCAGGGCACUGACCAUCUCGCCCUACAACGAGAAGGCGCUGGUCAACCGGGACAGGACGCUGCCGCUGGUGGAGGAGAUCGACCAGAGGUAUUUCAGCAUCAUCGACAGCAAAGUGAAGAAGGUCAUGUCCAUCCCCAAGGGCAACUCAGCACUGCGCAGGGUCAUGGAGGAGACGUACUACCAUCACAUCUACCACACGGUGGCCAUCGAGGGCAACACCCUCACGCUGUCGGAGAUCAGGCACAUCCUGGAGACCCGCUACGCGGUGCCCGGGAAGAGCCUGGAGGAGCAGAAUGAGGUCAUUGGCAUGCACGCGGCCAUGAAGUACAUCAACACCACCCUGGUGUCCCGCAUCGGCUCUGUCACCAUCGGCGACGUGCUGGAGAUCCACAGGCGGGUGCUGGGCUACGUCGACCCGGUGGAAGCCGGCAGGUUUAGGACAACUCAGGUCCUUGUGGGACACCACAUCCCUCCCCACCCUCAAGAUGUGGAAAAGCAGAUGCAGGAGUUCGUCCAGUGGCUCAACUCAGAGGAGGCCAUGAGCCUACACCCAGUUGAGUUUGCAGCCUUAGCGCACUAUAAACUGGUGUACAUCCACCCCUUCAUCGAUGGCAACGGCAGGACGUCACGCCUUCUGAUGAACCUCAUCCUGAUGCAGGCGGGUUACCCGCCCAUCACCAUCCGCAAGGAGCAGCGCUCCGAGUACUACCACGUGCUGGAGGCUGCCAAUGAGGGUGAUGUGAGGCCUUUCAUCCGCUUCAUCGCCAAGUGUACUGAGACCACCCUAGACACCCUGCUUUUUGCCACAACCGAGUACCCAGUGGCGCUGCCGGAAGCCAAACCCAACCAUUCUGGGUUCAAGGAGACGCUCCCCAUGAGGCCCUAGCGUACUCAGUCAGUUCUCCCUUGGUGGCAAGGGGUGGCCUGAGAAAAAUCAAAGGAACUUAGCAUUUCUAGAAACCUAAGUCGUCUCCCACACAAAAGGGGGCCGUAAACAUUCUUUACCACCAGAUAUUUUUGGUUUGAGUUAAAGAAACUAAAUUAUUAAGGCUGUCUCUAAGAUAAUUUAUAAUUCAGUCCAUUUAUUUAUUUUCCCCUCUGGAACAAGCUAGUAAAUGUUGUCCGGCGUUUGCUGCUUCUGUGCUGUUGGCCACUGUUAGCAUGGUGGCCCCAGCAGGCCUCGGGGUCAUAAAUGCCCCUUGUGUGACCAGAACAGAAGGUUCUGGAGCAGAGUUUGCACUCAGGUCAGGGAGGGAGGUCAGGGGCUGUAAAGGAGGCCCAGGAGAGCCAUGGGAAUAAUGCUGCCAAGUCUUUCUCUCAGACUUUAACUAGGAAAUGAGUACUCCUUGGGAGAACUCAGUGCAGGUUUGGACAAAUAGUUGAAAGCUUUCUUUCUUAAAGGUUUUUGCUCCCCUGCAAAGAGAUUAGUGCUAUGACUAAUUUUUACUGGCAGAGCAAACUUUUGAGAUAGGAAAAUAAAAUUAAUGUUGGCAGUGUUUCUAGUUGGAUCCCUUGCUUCUUUCCAGGAAGUCUUUGAGCCAUAGUUCCUUUGUAGAUUCUAAUGCCAAAAGCAGUUAUUUUUCCACAUCAAGAGAAUUUUUCUAAUUAAGAGCAGGGGAGUGGCCAGCUGGAUUUUCUUUGUGUUUCGAUGUUUCUUUCACUUCACUUGAAGCAACUUGGACCAGAUGUUUUCUUUUCAUCUGAAUUAUCUGGGUUUGUGACUCAGCAGCUGAACUCAAACCAGGUAUUUGUGCAGGUGGGCAGGUCUGUCCUCACCCUGCACUGAGUUUUCUACAGGUAGAAGUUAAAGAACACAUUUGAGAACGCAGAGGCCACGUCAACAUUGAAUAAGCAUUUUUGAUAAUGAACAAGAGCACCGGUUUCUACUGAAUCAAGUAAAAACCUCUGGCCACAGCCAGUCCUUGUCCAUCUGUCCUACAGCUUUAUCCACUCAGUUGCCCGCCCCCCCACCUCCCACGGACAUUGUCCAGUGUCCCAGGGGAGGCAGAAGAGAUUGCCCCCAAGUGGCCUUAUUUUUCUAGCAACUUGUAAAGUGCUAAAAAUGUUACAUGGAAUGCGGCCCGGUUUCCAAGUUGUCAUUUUAUGAAAGUAGGGAGAGUCUUCUUUCAAUCACAUGUGGCACAGGUGCCAAUACAGCUGCUGCUAUUUCGACUCCAAAUGGCCAGAAAUCACCGGGUUCCUUUUCCAGUCACAGGACCCGUGAUGUUUAACGCUGUUACUUCCCUUUGCUGGUGUUUGAAUGAUGGUGAAUACACGUCGACUCUGUGAUUUGUGGGUCCAGUUCCUGAUAGUAAGGAGGUCACCGCUCUGACGUAGCCUGUGUUUAUACAGUUACUCAGGUGUAUAACUGGCACAGAGUACUCUGAAAGGUCUAAGAAAAAUAAGUGAAAAGAUGUAUGAAAUGAUCCCAGGUAAUAGUUACUCAAACCUUUAUAAGCAAUGUUUUGGUACUUCUACGCUGCCACGAAGUAUUUCUUCAACUUUAACUGUUCUAUGGUCUUUGUUUUGGAAGCACACCAAGGAAGCCUGACAGAGGGCUUGCUCUGUACUGUAGAGUGAAAUUUGCACUUUAGCCAUAUGUGAAGGAUAUUAUUUUAACAAAUUACUGAUUCUAAUAAAGUAUUUUAUUACAUAAAUA